GUUUUUCUUAGUAAAUUGUCAAUAUAAUAUUAGAAGAUUGUUUGGUGGCCUUUUGCUCGCGGCCAAAUAGAUUAUGCGCGUUUGAGGGGCGUGGCUCUGUUGAAACGUCAUCAACCGCAGACAUACAAUAUGGCUGCGCCCAUGGACACAGCACAUUAGUUGUGUGCACUGACCUACAACUGCUUUUUUUAUUGUUAGAAUUGAGAUAAAGAUGGCCACUCCAGGCAAAGUGUCGAAAAAGGAGCGGAAGACGCAGAUCCCAGCUAAGACGUCCCUGAACUCCCCCUACAGACUGCAAUGGAGCCCGCUGCAGAGUGAUGAUGCACACUUCAUCCUGGACACUCUGAAGAGCAAACUGUCAGCAACUGGCCUGGAAAAGAAAGAGGUGAAAGGGUUUCGACAGUGGGGGAAAGAGAGAAAUAAGAACCCACCUACAGGACAUGACUCGGUAGCUGAGCCCCCACAGAUACUCCUCGACACUGUAACACCGGAACGUCCUGUUAAACCCAGAGAGCAAGGCUGGACUGAUGUAGCUGCUAGGAGGCAGCUGGCCAUCGGCAUCAACGAGGUCACCAAGGCUCUGGAGAGGAACCAGCUCCGGCUGGUGCUCGUGUGUAAGUCGGUCAAACCGCCACACAUGACGAGCCACCUGAUAGCGCUGUGCCGGACGCGGGGCGUGGCGGCAUGCCAGGUGCCGCGUCUCAGUGAGAGUGUGGCGGGACUGCUGGGGCUGAAGUGCGUCCUGGCACUGGGAUUCAGACAAGGGGACAGGAACGAGGAUGGGACGUUCUCCGACACUGUGGAAGCCAUUGUACCCAGAGUGCCUGCUCUGCAGGUUGCCUGGAUACCAUGCGCUCCCAGUGAAACAGGUGCAACAUUUGAGGGGCAGGAGGAAGAGGGAACAGCUGAGGGGCAAAUGGAGGUGGGAAAGGGAGAGGAGACAAGAGGCCAAAAACGGAAAAUUGAAGACAUUUCUCCAGAUGUUACAGAAUGUCCAUCCUGCGUACUUCAGCCUCUUAAAGUGAAAAAGAUUAUCCCGAACCCCUCUAAAAUACGGAAACCAAAGACUAAGAAAAAGUAGAAGCAAUUUAUGUACAAAAGAUGACAUGAAACGGUAGUGUAGGCAGCCCUGGAUGCUGAUUGGAGGUGGAGGUCUCUGCUGCCAAUCUGGAGGAAACACUCCCAAAAUCCCAUGGAAAACUUAAAUGAAAUAAAUUAGACAGCACACUCAGAUGUAUCUUUUAAAGUCUAGAUGAGUUUAUUCCAUCAUGCUGGUAUAGCUUGCGUGAGUAUUUGAAACAUUCAGUAUUUGGAUGAGAGGUCCUGUCUAAACGCUGCUGGUUCUAAUUCCUCAUUUCUUUUACAGCCUGCCAAGGAGUUCAAUAAAAAUACUGUUUUUCA